AUGUCAGAAGAAAAGCACAAUGAGGUCCCCCAGGUGGAGCAUGUAUCCUCUGCGGUGAUGGAGAACGACUACCUCGAUAGCAUUGAGCACACCAAGACAGGCAAAUACUCCUGGCUAGUGUCUAUUACUGCUGCCAUCGGAGGAAUGUUGUUCGGAUACGACACGGGCAUCAUUUCAGCCGUGUUGGUCUACAUCAACGAUGACCUCGGCAUCAUCUUGAACUCUUCUCAGCGAGAGUUGAUUACCUCUAUUACCUCUGGUGGAGCAUUCCUCGGUGCCAUCUUCGCAGGCACUACUGCCGAUCGGUAUGGACGAAAAGUCGCCAUAUACGUAGGAUGUGUUCUCUUCAUAGUUGGAGCUGUCCUGCAAGCAUGCGCCUUUUCCUUGGUGCAAAUGACUGUAGGGCGUCUAGUUGUGGGAUUCGGCGUGGGAUCGGCCGCCAUGAUUGUGCCAAUGUACAUCGCAGAGGUCUCACCUGCCAAGUACCGAGGCCGAAUGAUUGGCCUUGACAACAUGUCCAUCACCGGCGGACAACUCAUCAGUUACGGCAUUGGAGCGGCGUUCGCACACGUUACCGGAGGCUGGAGAUACAUGGUUGGAGGCGGCGCAGUCCCGGCCAUCGUACUCACUGCCCUGCUUCCCUUUUGUCCCGAGUCACCGAGACAGCUCAUCUUCCACGGCAAGCCCGAAGAGGCGGCCAAGGUUAUCCGACUGAUCUUCCCCAACGGCACAGAUGAGCAAGUAGACAACAAAGUCAGGCACAUCACCCUGUCCGUCGAAGAGGCAAAGAACAUCAACAGCGGAAAGAGCAUAUUCUGGGUUCUGAAGCAGCUCUACGUCGUCCCCGCCAACUUUCGCGCCAUGGUCUCAGCCUGUGGCCUCAUGGCAAUCUCACAGCUCGGAGGUUUCAACUCCCUCAUGUACUACUCUCCUCUCAUCUUCUCGCUUGUCGGGUUCUCCAACCCGGUUGCCGUUGGAACCGUCAUUGCCGGUACAAACUUCAUUUUCACCUUUGUCAAUCUUUUGCUGGUUGAUCGGGUAGGCAGGAGGAGAGUCCUGCUCUGUACCGUUCAGUUUAUGGGCCUGGCACUCGUCAUUGCUGCAGUCUGCUUCAAGUGGAUUCCGAUCAAUCACGAUCUUUCGCUAGCUGGCAGCCCAUCCGUAGGCUGGCCGGCCAUUGUUGUCCUGGUGAGCAUGGUCUUCUAUGUCGGCUUUUACUCUUCCGGCAUUGGCAAUACGGCCUGGCUGGGGAGCGAGUUCUACCCCAUGGAGGUUCGGUCAAUGGGCACAAUGAUGCUGACCAUGACGUGCUGGGGGUCCAAUAUCAUCGUGGCGUCGACCUUCUUGACGCAGAUGGAGAAUACGACUCCUUCUGGCGCUUUCGGUUUCUACGCUGGAAUAUGCCUGCUUGGCUGGGUGUGCAUCUACUUUUGCUUCCCUGAGGUGAAGGGCAUGACCUUGGAAGAUAUCAGGGAGGUUUUUGAAGACGGAUUUGGUGUCCAAAGGGCUAGAGAGAUUCAGAGGCGGAUGAAGCAGGCGAAGCGUGCUGACAGUGAUGGCGAGUAUGGGGGGUUGUCAAAGGCUGGUUCUGUGUGA